AAAAUUUGCAAACCCGGAAAAUUCAGAUAUUGCAAUUCUUUUGGAUUUUUUAAAAGGGAGCCGGUAUUGCUCCAAACAUUCCAAAGGUAUAUAAGCGAGACAAUCGACUUUGAAACCACUCUCAUUACCCGCUUGGAGGAGGCGAAAAGGAGAUUGGAGGAAUACGAAGAGCAAAAUGCCUAUGAUGGAAUGGAAGAGGAACCGGCACCUCAGGAGUCGGAAUUUAACGAAGAAUUUAAUGAGCAGGAUGCACUCCUCUGCCUAAGAUGA